UCACCUUUGCGAGCGCAGCAUCCAUCCCUCCGCUCUCUCAGCGCCUGGGCCUACCUCAAAUCGGUCUCCCAGGCCGGAGAUGUGCUCGUGGCCAAUCUAGAUCCAGGCUGAGCCGCGUUCUCCAAGGUCUUGGUGGGGCGCCCCCUUCCGCCGCCCCAGGCCCUGACCGAGGAGACCUGCCGAGCCCGGGCCAUGGAGGCCAUCUGGCUGUACCAGUUCCGGCUCAUUGUCAUCGGCGAUUCCACGGUGGGCAAGUCGUGCCUGAUCCGCCGCUUCACUGAGGGCCGCUUUGCUCAGGUUUCAGACCCCACCGUGGGGGUAGAUUUUUUCUCCCGCUUGGUGGAGAUCGAACCAGGAAAACGAAUCAAGCUCCAGAUCUGGGAUACCGCGGGUCAAGAAAGGUUCAGAUCCAUCACUCGCGCCUACUACAGGAACUCAGUAGGUGGUCUUCUCUUAUUUGACAUUACCAACCGCAGGUCCUUCCAGAAUGUCCAUGAGUGGUUAGAAGAGACCAAAGUACAUGUUCAGCCCUACCAAAUUGUAUUUGUUCUGGUGGGUCACAAGUGUGACCUGGAUACACAGAGGCAAGUGACUCGCCACGAGGCCGAGAAACUGGCUGCUGCAUACGGCAUGAAGUACAUUGAGACGUCAGCCCGAGAUGCCAUUAAUGUGGAGAAAGCCUUCACAGACCUGACAAGAGACAUAUAUGAGCUGGUUAAAAGGGGGGAGAUUACAAUCCAGGAGGGUUGGGAAGGGGUGAAGAGUGGAUUUGUACCAAAUGUGGUUCACUCUUCAGAAGAGGUUAUCAAAUCAGAGAGGAGAUGUUUGUGCUAGUUGACCCUGUCAUUUCUAAAACAUGUUAUAAAAUUUGAACUUAAAAAUAUAAAAAAUAAAUAGAAUCCUUAUGUGACUGAAGAGAACUCAACCUUUGGAUAGCAAAGUAAGUGCCCCCUCCCAGGGGCAGGGUUCGGACAGGCUCAUAUGGGGAGGGGAAUGGAUAGGGAGCCUGGGUGCUGUGACUGAGGGACUAAAUUGCUGACAUGGGCUGGACCAGACAAUGUUUUGUGGGAAAGGCUUAGCUGUUUCUGUUCCAUGUCCCUUUCUGUGGACCACACAUUAGUUAAGGGUCUAGGGUCUAUAAAGCUAGGUUGUAGGAAAACAUCUACAGAAAGAACAACUGUUCCUUGGUAUUUCAACUUGUCCAAAGGUCAUGAACAUCUAAAGAAAUAUGUACUGGGGAAAAAGGCAUUACAUUGGGAACAAUUAGCAUAACUGAAAAAGAGUAUGUUAUCAACUUAUUUAAUAACAAUAUCAUAUGCCAAAUGUGUGUACUAGGUUUGAUUAAAAGACACCAGUUAACCUUCUAAAGCUGACCUAUAAAAUGAAGGGUUCAUAUGGUUCAGCUAUUUGGAAAGGCCUUUUCAAGGUCUGAAAUUUUAAUAAAAAUAAUGUAACUAUGAAAAUGAAAGCCAUCCACACACUGUUAUUAUCACACUUGAGAAAGUGUACAACCUUGUAAUGGUUACUGGCUAUGUGAAAGAAAUUCCCAUAUAAAAUGGCCAUAUAAGUGGAAGAAACACUACAGCCAAAAGGCCAGAUCGUCUCCCCUGUAACCACACCUGGGGUUUCGCUGCAUCAACUGAAAUUGGGAAGCAUGCAUACUUAGUGUUUGCUUCUUUAGGUGCUUGACAGUGAUAAUACAGGUAUUAUUUGAAAAGAGUCUUGAUGCAAGCCCUUAUUCCUUAGUCCUGUGCUGAGUACUUGCUCAACAGGAAGCUGUGGAACACUUACCACCCUCCAAUUACUUACUCUACCUAUUUGGUCACCAUAUAGGUCUGUAAGGUUAUUGCCACUAUUUUGCAGAAUAUAAAACCAAGAGCUAUGACAUUCACUUGGCCAAGUUCAAAUCCUUCCCAAUUCCUAGUUCUUUUUUACUGGAUCAUCAUGUUGUCAGAUAAAUGAUUAUUAAUUUUCUAACAUUGGAAAACAUAUGACUAUAAACAAUUGUUCUUUACAUGGUAUGGUAUGCUUUUCUUAUUGGUUACAACUCAGCUAUAACCCUGAAGGAAGCCUGGAAUGAAUCAAAGUUAAAACCUGUUCAGGUAUUAUUAACAAGAGGGCUUUAAACAAGGUAUUAACUGCACAACUGAAAACAUAUUAAAACUGGGCUGUAAGUGUUCUUAUCACAAAUGUGAUAUAUUUUUUAUUGAAAAGAACCAAAUACAGCAAUGGGAAGUGGGAUGAGGACAAUGUACUAACCCCACAAUAACCUUGGCUACCUGUCUGCCAUGUACAUAUACUGGGUUCCUGUCUACCUUAGAGAGUCAGCUCAUAAUUCUCAGGUGAACAGACAGCUAACCACAACAGCACAUUGGAAUGGCUGGCUUGAAAUUCCAUUAUCUUUUGAAGAAAGGUGACGCUUUAAAUUAAUUUUUGGAUUGUAGCCAGUUCAGCUAGGCAAAAGCCAUAUUUUUCACAGUAAGAAAACUAUUCUGAUUAGAGUCAAGUUUCUCAUAUCCAGUGUGGUAGGAAAGCCUCAACAAGGUAAAUCAUUUUGCAAUAUCCUUUUGAACUGCAGUAUGAAUGUGACUGAAUCUGAACAUUUGGGAAUUUGCUUCAGCCAAAAUUUUUAAAAAAUAAUGAAAAUUAUGAAAGAACAUUCUGCCACUUGUGCUCCAACUUGGAUGUGUAAACCACCAUGGACCAAUUCACAGCACCAAAUGCAAGUGAACUGAUCAUUUCCUCUAUAUUUAUUUCACACAAUUUUAAUUGUCAGUUUCUUGGAUGUAGAAUGAAAACAUAAGAUUGGGUCAAUACAAAUUUCAACUACUGUGCUUAGUUAUGUCUAGAAGAUUCUGAAAGCAAUAUUAUCCAGUGGAUAACUGAAUUGUUGAUCAAAUUGUCAAUUCAAAAAAGGAUACAAAUAAAACAAGUCUACAGGUUUCUUAACUAAAAUAGAUUAUAUACUUUUCCAUUCUUGGCAUUUUUAAAACAGGUUUAAAAAUACUCAGCAUAGAUAAAGCAGAAGUGGCUGAACUUCACUGCUUAAAUAAGUUCUAGAAACCUUAAAAAUCAUUUUAGUAGAAUUCAGUGCUGUUGUCACUGAAAUAAGUGGGUUUUAGAAAAUAAGUGUGAGAAACCAGGUGUUAUUAUAAUGCUAAGGAUAAAGCUUUAGAAGCUAUUUUACUACAUAGGUAAAGAAAAGACAAAUAACUUGUAACAAAGACUACAACUGCAUGUUGGAUUAGAUUGUCUUAUAUUCCGGAAAAAAAUGUACUGUAUACUUUUCCUCACUUUGUUGUGCACUGUAAUGAAAUGUGAAAAAAUACUUUAUUUAGCUGUAUGUGAAUGAAAAUAUGCUUGUAUUUAGUAAAAUGGUUAAUUAUGUGACUGUGAGAUUUCACAUGUGUGUUGUAGCUAUUUACAGAAUGUAUGCUGUCAGUGUAGCAAAUAAGAAUACCAGUAAGAUAUCGAUAAUGUACUUCAGUAUACCAAGGAUAUCAAAAUAUGACAUACUUCACAUAAACAUAUUCAUCAGUAUCUCAAAGGCACAAAGAGAACAUGAUUUCUAAAAGAUAUAUGACUUGACUCAUAUUGAAGGUCACAGAAACCUCACUUUCUUUCAGCCCAUGGCACUAUGUAAAAUGUUGGUUCUGUCAAGCCUAAAAACUUUGUCACUGCAAUUUUAAGCAAGGAUCUUAAUUCUGUCACCAAGUAGUUGAUUACAACUUUGGUCUUUCUUGAAAAGUCUUUUCUUUGAGUCAAGUCGCCUCUGCUUUUUCAAAUUCCAUAAUGGCAUACUGUCAUGUCAGGACCUUUGUGAGUGUAGAGCACAGACAGGAAAAGUCAUGUAGCACAUUUUCCAAGUGGAUAGUGUACACUUUCAGGGAUGAUAUAAAAGGGAAGACGUUUGAUUAUGAGGAUAGGCAAAGAUCUGUACAGUUUUAUCACUUUUGUAAUCAUGAAUGACUUAAUGGGAAGGGAGAAAGGAAAAGUAAUAAUGAAACAGCAUUUGAUAGUUUGUCUUUCUCUUUAGAACUUCUGCAGAGCUUGAUCAUCUUUUCUUUGUUUAUAUUAAUUCCUUUGGUGACCUCAGUUAGUCCUGUGACUGUAAGAACUAUUGUUGAGCCAGCAAGCCCUGGAUUGAUAUCUCAAGCUUAUUUCUUAUCCAUGGACUCCAGACUAUCAUAACCAACUGCUUACCAGUCACCUCCAUUUGAAUGUUCAUUAGUGUCAUAAGUUUAAUAUGUCCAAAUUUGGGCUCCUGAUCUUCCUCCCCAAGAGCUGUGCCUCUCCUUAAUAAAUGGCAACUUUCUUGCUCCAUUUUUCCUCUUUUACAGUUUAUAUCUGAUCUAUCUCAAAAUUCUGCUUGUAUAAAUGUAUGAACAGAAUCUGACAGCUUUUCGAUAUUUUCACUGCUAACACACUAGUGUUGGCCACUAUCCUUUGUUACUUGAGUUACUAUGAUUAACUGGUCUACCUGUAGCCACUUUUGCUACCCCAGUACUCUACCGCAGUCUAUGUUCCAUACAGCAACCCAAGAGAUCCUGAUAAAGUAUUAAUGAAAAGCAGUCACUGACUCCUUAUUCUCCAUUUACUCAAGACUCAGUCCUUCCAAUGGUCUACAGAAUAAUCCUUAACAACGGAUUCCAUCCCAUCAUCUUAUGGCUGACCCCUUACCCAUUUAAUGCCAACUACAGUUUCCUUUCUUGUUCUUCAAACACAUCAAGUGCAUUCCCUCCUCAAGGCCUUUGUAUUUGUUCUUUCCCUGUCUGUAAUUCUUUUAUAAGAUAGCUUCCAAAAUCUGUGAUCAGCUUUUGGGUAAUAAGGACAACAUGGCUCUGGAACAACAAAGAUCAUGGCAUAAGAAACAAAAAGGAAAUCUAGAAGGGGAUCAUCAUGGAAAUCCUAAAGAUGAGUUUCACAGGAAGUAGCAGGCAAUGGUGUCAAAAUGAUGCAGUGGGUUCAAAAAGAUGCAAAAUCAAAUGUACUCAUAGUAUUUUUUGGUUGUUCACCAAUCCUCUCAGGAAGUUGAGAUUCUCAAUUGUGUGGAUAGGAUUCUUAUUUUGUUCUCCACUACCUCCCUUCCCCAGACAAUCUCACCUACUCCCAUGACUACUUUUUGCAUUGGAAGGUCCCUAAGCCCAUUCUCCAGAGUAUAACACCAUGGCAGUCAACUUGCAGAGAGCACAAAGCCACAAUUCCUCAAGCUCAGAAUAUCAAUAUGUGCUCUACCAUUUACCUUUCUCCAACCUAUAGCAAUAGACAAAUUCUUAUAUUCUUGAUAAAUACUUGAUUUCUUGUCCUACUCUACCAGUGAUUUUGACUCCAAUAAAAUUUACAUUCAUGAUGCA